AGUCUCACUGACUAUUGGUUGAGGAGUGAUUCCACCGAACCUUCGGAUUACUAAAAGCCUUUACAGCUCCCUUACUUCUUUCAAGGUCGAACUUGAUUCUAUAAAGAAAUCAUCAUGUGUGACGACGAUAUUGCCGCUCUUGUCAUCGACAACGGAUCCGGUAUGGUGAAGGCCGGAUUCGCCGGAGACGAUGCCCCAAGGGCUGUCUUCCCAUCCAUCGUUGGCAGGCCCCGUCACCAGGGUGUCAUGGUCGGUAUGGGACAGAAGGACAGCUACGUCGGAGACGAGGCCCAGAGCAAGAGAGGUAUCCUCACCCUGAAGUACCCCAUCGAGCACGGUAUCGUCACCAACUGGGACGAUAUGGAGAAGAUCUGGCAUCACACCUUCUACAAUGAACUCCGUGUUGCCCCAGAGGAGCAUCCUGUCCUCCUUACCGAGGCUCCCCUCAACCCCAAGGCCAACAGGGAAAAGAUGACACAGAUCAUGUUUGAGACGUUCAACUCACCCGCCAUGUACGUCGCCAUCCAGGCCGUACUUUCACUCUACGCCUCUGGUCGUACCACUGGUAUCGUUUUCGACUCUGGUGAUGGUGUUUCCCACACCGUGCCCAUCUACGAGGGUUACGCCCUUCCCCACGCCAUCCUCCGUCUGGACUUGGCUGGACGUGAUCUCACCGACUACUUGAUGAAGAUCCUCACCGAGCGUGGCUACACUUUCACCACCACUGCUGAGCGUGAAAUCGUUCGUGACAUCAAGGAGAAGCUCUGCUACGUCGCCCUUGACUUCGAGCAGGAGAUGCAGACUGCUGCCUCAUCCUCCUCCCUCGAGAAGAGCUACGAGCUUCCCGACGGACAGGUCAUCACCAUCGGCAACGAGCGAUUCCGUGCCCCUGAGUCACUCUACCAGCCAUCCUUCCUUGGAAUGGAAUCUGCUGGCAUCCACGAGACCUGCUACAACAGCAUCAUGAAGUGCGAUGUUGACAUCCGUAAGGAUCUGUACGCCAACACUGUUCUUUCUGGAGGCUCCACCAUGUUCCCAGGAAUCGCCGACAGGAUGCAGAAGGAGAUCACCGCCCUUGCUCCACCAACCAUGAAGAUCAAGAUCAUCGCUCCUCCCGAGAGGAAAUACUCUGUAUGGAUCGGAGGCUCCAUCCUUGCCUCUCUCUCAACAUUCCAACAGAUGUGGAUCAGCAAGCAGGAAUACGACGAGUCUGGCCCAUCCAUCGUCCACAGGAAAUGCUUCUAAACCUUGAAAAACUCUCCUAUAAAAACUGUGCAAUGCGAUAUUUUUAUUUUCUCCUCACCAUACACAAGUCGUAGCAAAAAUACAAUCAUACCCUGAAUAAGUGGCGGAUCACUUCCUAACUCUGCUUCUCCUAAAAUUGGUGGAAAUGACUGUUAUACCAGUAAUUCAGAUAUGUUUAUCAUAACCAUAUAAUAGUACUAUAAUAUAAUACUUGAAUAAUACUGGGGAUUAUGUUAUAGAUUGUUCUUCACUAACUUUAAAAAAUAUUGCUUUCUUGAUAGAAAAUUUUAUUUUACUGGCGUUACAAUAUUGCCAUAAAUUAUUGAACUGUUAUGAAUGAUUGUCAUGAAAUAAGUGUUAUUGUUACCAUGGUUAUCAUCAUGACCAUUUCAAUGAUAACAAAUCGUAAUAUCUUUCAUCCUUAAAGUUCUAUGAGUUUCAGAACAUGCAGAAGGUAUUGUAUAUAUUAUUUCAUAUGCAAAAAGUAUGAAUUCGGACUAAUAUAUUGUAAAUAAAUUUAUACAAAAUUAAA